ACUGAGCAGGCGCGAAUUGCGUCAUGAGAGGGCAGGCGAGCGCGAGCUGAGAAGGAAGUCUAGUUCUCAGCGCAUGAUUGUGCCAAAUUUGCCGAAAAGAGGAAACGCUGGUUCGAGCGGGAACUACAAAGAAAGUUGACGUACAUUGCCACAUCAGAUGAAACACAGAUUCUAAGAAUCACAUGGAUAGAGAACGAACAGGACGUACAAUGAACCGUACCGAGGUCAGAGGCAGUGGGAACAUUGUCAUUACUGCAGGAGACAAUGCUGUCAUUACUAUCCCUCCACAAGGCCAUGAAUACCCAGCCCCAGCUGGUUCCUCUGAUGCUGAUACAGAAGAUAGAGAGGCCUCCUUUACAUAUGAAGACCAUUCUGGUACUGGUAACGAAAAUAGAGGAGGAUAUGAUCAGGAUCCUUCAUCUGCACAUCCAAGACAACCUCAGGCUCAGAGUCCUGCAUCUCCUGCCUCUUCUCCAGAUUCAAGGACACAGGACUUACUGGAUGAGUGUGUCAGCACAUUGCUGGAGAUGGGGAUUUCUACUGAGCUAUCGGCACCGAUAGUACGAGAACUGAUCAGUAUAACCGAUAACAGGCAAAGGGACAGAGACCUUAUAGUUGAUAGGACUUUGCAGAGACUAGAGGAAAACAGACCAGAAGCAGUACCAGAAGCAGUACCAGAAGCAGCAGGGUACCAGACCAAUUUUGGAAAAGAUGGGAUCUUCAUCUAUAAGAACACAGCCCCAGUUGUGAUUGGAAGUCACAUCAGUGGAGCUGGCCCACUAAACUUGGAGGAUACCCCAGAUAGUGAUCACAAAAGGUUUCAGAAAAGACGUGACAAGACUGGAAGACGCCAAGAAACAGCCUCAGCAGCAAGGCAGAGACCAAACUCCAAACAAAGACAGCCAGAACAGGAUGCAUACCUUAAUAACACUACAUGUGCAGAAAUAGCAAGCUCUCAGAGGAACAGGGAGCUGAUGGAGAACCUACCUCCUAAGACAGCAGCACGUCAGAUAGCAAGGGAAACCCAACAAAGUGAUGAACAACACUUUCCACCCAUUUCUGAUGACGAAACAUCUUCAUCGGAGGAGUCAGAAGCCUUGUCUGACACUGAUGGGGAAGCUCCCAAAGAAGAUGAGAAGGAGGAUACAGAGGGUGAUUCUGGGAGGUAUACCCAGCAGGGCACCUCCAGGCCUACAUUUGAUGAUGUGGAUGGACAACUGAGUGCUGAGGAAGAUAACCAAGCUACUGAUGGGGAGCCCAGGAGAAGAGGUCCUGAAGAUGAUUCUGGAAGGGAGGUGUCUCAACAGCAUGAUGAGGAAAGCAUCACACCUGAGAAGGCUCCUUUGUAUGUUGCUCUGCCUGAAGAAAAAAGUCCUGCAGAAUUGUCUACAACAGAGAAGCAGCAGUGGAGUACCCCACAAAAUCCACCAGGUGGUUCUCUACAUACUCCAGAUCACAGUGGCGGGAGCCCCCAAAGUAUGGAUUCUCUGCGUGUUCAAAGUGGUUACAAACAGGAUAAUGAGGCAUCGAACUGGCCUGUGGUUGAGCUACCCAGAAGUGCUGAUGAAGAGGAUGUUACAGUAAGACCACUUGUCGAGCUUUAUCCACAUCCUGGCAUAAAUGACACAAUCAUGGAUGACUCAAUUCCUUCCUUAGAGCAACAACCGCUAACCCCUCAGCCAGCAGCUCCUCAGCAGCAAGAUGGAAAUGAGGGACUAGCAGACCCCAGAGAAAAUCAGCCACCUGCAGUCUUGACAUCUGGAGAAGAAAGGCCACAACCAAGAAGCAUGGAGGCUCAGGAUACAAGUGAUGCAGAAACAGAACCAAAAGGUCUACUGGAUAAAACAAACACAGAUGAAGGGGUCAGAGGAGCGGCAGGCAAGGAAGACCACCAGAAUGUCACCCAGCAGGUUACCGGUAGUGAUGACACCGGUGGCAACCAACCAGAGUACGACAAGGAACGUGGUCUAUAUACCUUGACUUUGGCUCAUAUCAAGCAGAUGACAGAAGAUUUUUCAGAGACAAAGAAGAUAGCUGAUGGAGCAUUUGGACCUGUCUAUCAGUCAGUGUUUCCAUAUGAUGGUCCACUGAAGGGUAGAAAAGUAGCUGUGAAGGUGAACAGAUCUGCAGAUCAAGGACAGAGGGAGUUUAUGCAGGAGCUGAAAAUGGCUGGAUCCCGACACCCCCAUCUCCUGCCUCUGUUUGGGAUAUGUGAAGAUGAGAGAUGUCUAUCACUGGUCUCACCCUACAUGGCCAACAAAGACCUGAAGUCUUGGAUACAGGACAAGACAUCACCUACAGACUGGAAGACAAGACUGGUGAUUGGUCUGGACCUGAUAAGUGCCAUCCGGUAUUACCACCAGAAGACUGAGGGUCCAAAGAAGAGGUUCCACUGUGACGUGAAGUCAGCCAAUGUGUUCCUGGAUGCCCAGCUUCGAGCCCGUCUUGGUGACCCUGGCUUGAUGAGGGAAGUUUCUGAGGACAAAACAGACCUCACCAUAACAGUUUCAAAAGCAGGUAGGGGAACCUCAUUCUACCAGGAUCCCUACUUCUCAAAGUACUGCAAGUACCAUGAGACCAGCGACAUUUACAGUGCAGGGAAAGUCUUUCUAGAACUUUUCACGAGCAAAACUGCUGAUAGUAAGGAAGAUGGACGUUUGCUGUUUGAAAUCUGGUCUGAAGAAAAGGAGUACUUCAGUGCACUCAGUGAUGGGACAGAGCUGUGUGAGGUGGCAGACCGUUCAGAUGCAGUGGCUUGGCCAGAAUGCAGUGAGGAUGGAAGUUCUGCGACUCAGCAGUUUGCAAAACUGAUCAUCCGUUGUCUUCAAGAUAGUCCCAAGAAAAGAAUUACAUUAGAGGAGCUCUACAAGGAGCUGAAGAGUCUGGUAACAAGUGAAAAUGCCCUAAGGAGCUUUGGCACCGAAAAACCUGACUUCUGUACAUGCUGCCUAAGGAUAAAGCCAAGUUCCAUCCCUAUGAGCUGUGGCUGUGUCUCCGUGUGUGUUGCCUGCAUGAAGAAGAACAGUAGGGCUCUCUACUGCACUAACCAUCACACAGAGACAACAGGUCUAGGGCAGAACACAUUUGCUGUGCUUGUUGGCAUGAAAGGCAGGAAGAGGGGAGAACAGGGUUUUGGAAAGGAUGCUGAAGAGAUGUACAGGGUCCUGACAGAUCCUAACAUCUGUGCAGUAAGACCAGAGAAUGUGAAACUCCUGACCAAUGGUGAAGGCACCUCAGAAAACAUCAAGAAGGCAGUGAAGGAACUUGGUCAAGAGAUGAAUAAAGUUCCAGAGUCUCAACAGAAAUGCCUACUGUAUUACCACAGUGGGCAUGGAGAAAACCCACGCAAGAGUUUGAAGCGCUUCCUUGUCUGUGAGGACAAAAGAAAUUCCUCCAGCCAGAUGAGAAAACUGUUUGCUGAACUUUGUCCUACAAGAUCCCUGUACAUCUUAGAUGUGUGUUUUGCCUCAUCUGUACAGUUGCAGUACAUGAACAAGGAAGAUGAGGAACCGGUGGCUGUCAACACAGAUCAAGUUAAUGAGGGCGGCUUACUUAAGCUUAUUUGGGGUUUCCUGCCUGCUUGGCUAACUAGCUUACUGCCUGUCUGGAUGGCACCAGAGCAAGAAGAAGGAGAAGAAGAACAAGAAGGAGAAGAAGAAGAUGAAGAAAAUUUCCUGAAGUCCUGCAUCCCUCAGGGUUCUCUGCUAUGGGCAUCCAGCAGGAGCAACGAAACGUCACAGGUUGAGAAAUCAGCAACAGCAGAGGACAAGAUCAGCGUCUUCACCAAGUACAUCCUGGCUGGCCUGUGUGGUGGUGACAAGUCGUUGAAGGAUAAGACUCAAGGCUUAGGUGGGAUGCCUCUUAACUUCCUCCAAGACUAUGUCUUCGAUGAAGUCAAGAAAGAGGUUGGAGAUCAACAGACGCCAUCAAUAAGUGGUCAAGAUGAGAAGACGUACUGGAUUGCAUACCCCCCAGAAGACUGAGGUCACACAUUCUGCGUUUCA